UCAUUUCACCCAGUUAGAACCUUAGUGACCAAAAGUGGACCACGGGCUGAGUGAGAAACUGAAGGCUCCUCUUCCGGUCACGUGAGUGUCUCCGUCUACGUCAUCCACACGCGACUCGUGAAGCAGCAGCCAACAGGAGCUGUUUAUUCAAACCUAGUAGUUUUAAAUCUUAAGAUAUUUGUUGUACUCGUAGUCGACACGCUGGAAAUGUCGCGGCCCUCUAAGAAGAGGGGCGUCCCGUUCAGAUGGCUGGAUUACUCAGCUGUUGGGAAAAGACUUGACGGGACACGUUUCAUUGCCUUCAAAGUGCCUCUGAAGCAGUCUCUGAACCGGCAGCUUCCAGCUUCAGAUGCCUUCGGGCCGUGGGAGCUGCUGGACACUGUGAACAAAGAAAAGCAAGAGCUCGGUCUGAUCAUCGACCUGACGUUCACCACGCGCUACUACUCUCUUCAGGACGUCCCCGAGUCUCUGCUGGUCGUGAAGAUCUUCACAGCCGGUCACGAGGUUCCCAGCGACGACACAAUCCUGAGCUUCAAACGCGCAGUACGCUGGUUCCUACGAGACAACGCGGAGAACGACAAGCUGAUAGGAGUCCACUGUACCCAUGGUCUGAACCGCACUGGCUACCUGAUGUGCAGGUACCUGAUAGAUGUUGAUGGGAUGGAUCCUACAGAGGCAGUGGAACUGUUCAACUCCUCUCGGGGACACACUGUAGAAAGACAGAACUAUCUGGAUGACCUCCAAUGGGGCCCGAAGAGGAGUAAUGAGGGGAUGGAGGAGGAUGAGCAGGAACCAAUGAGAGGUCUCGCUUCACAGAGACCCAGUUCGACCACGUCAGACUCUGACAGCAGAGAGGACAGACUGUCUCAUUUAAAAGACUCCCAGAACCACAGACCUUUCCCUUCAAGAGGAACAAACCAGCACUCACAUCACGGCCUUCCCAGUCCACCUGUGGGAGCCUCUUUCCUUCCCUAUCAAUGGACCCCCCCUUAUACUGACAGUCAAUGGAGGAGACCCCCCUGCUCAGAGGACAGCAGGUCCUGGUAUGCUCCUCAAGAGGACAGGAGGUCCAGGUAUGCUCCUCAAGAGGACAGGAGGUCCAGGUAUGCUCCUCAAGAGGACAGGAGUUUCAGGUAUGCUCCUCAAGAGGACGGAAGGUGCAGGUAUGCUCCUCAAGAGGACGGCAGGUCCAGGAGAGGUCCUCCUCAAGAGGACGGCAGGUCCAGGAGAGGUCCUCCUCCUCAAGAGGACGGCAGGUCCAGGAGAGGUCCUCCUCCUCAAGAGGACGGAAGGUCCAGGAGAGGUCCUCCUCCUCAAGAGGACGGCAGGAGAGGUCCUCCUCCUCUUCCUCGUUACUCUGCACGCUGGACUAAGGAGUCCAUUGGUUGAGACAGACCUGAGGAGGACUGGGCUGGACCUACAAUGAGACGCCACGAGACACAGAGAGAAUAGUGAAAUUAUUUUAGUUUUCAUCAGACGUUGAUCUGUUAACAGAAGCUGCAAUUCAUAAUAGUUGUCUUUAUGAUUCUGUUCAUGAAUGAAACUCUUCGGCUCUGAUUAGUCUCCAAGAGGCCGAGGUUGUAGUUGGUGAGGAUUUGAGCACAAAUAAAGCUGAACCCCUCCUGAGUUGUCACCGCGGCCUCACUGGUGACUUAGUCAAAGGGACUCAAUGAAAACGCUGCAGUUCAGCUGAAGAUCGUCGGAUCUCUUUGGUUUCCGACAGAUGGAAACAAAAUGAGAGAAUUUGGGACGAAGACAUGACACAGGCUUGUCAUUGUUUAUCUUUUUUAAAAUGUUUUCCUCCAGUGUGCACAGGUUUUCACCCCUCUGUGAAGGAAAAUACUUAUUUUAUUAUCUCUAUUAAUUAAUUAGUUGCUUGUUCUAUAAAAAUGUUUUGUAUAUAAAAAAAAUGACAGUUUGCUUAAUAAAAGACUCCAAUGUUUCCGUUUGGACCCAGAA